AGUCUAUAUCUGCAACUUUCUCUAUGUAUGUGUAUGAAAUCGCAUCAUUUUAGUUUGUAAUUGAAUUGAAGUAAAUUAUAAGAAUUAUUAUAUAUACCAGUAAAAAAUUGUGAAUUUAUACGAAAUAACGUAAUAAUUCUUCGAUUAACGCUUUAUAAGAACUUGUGAGAAAUUUAGUAUCGAAUAAGAUAUAAACAGUUAUGGUUAUGAGACCAUCUGUGUGGUGAAAAAUAGCAUGUAUGUAGCCAAGUGAAAAUGAUAAAAUUACAAACACAGAAAUGUUUUUUAAACAUGAUUUUAUGAUAAGGGUGAUAAAAUACAGCAUUAUAUAUAAGAUAUUUAUCUUAGAUUCGAGAGAUUCCUACAUUAUAUGAGAUUAAAAUUAACAUUGACAGUAUGAGAAAAUAUUAUCAGGCUGCUCUAGCUAUAACGGCAGUAAUAAGCCUUAUAUCUCUGCUCAUCUACAGACACGAAUAUAACAGAUUGAGGUAUGUCUUAGAAGUUUUCAAUUACUUUGGUAAGCCUGGGCCAAGAAGAGAUGCAAAUUGUACGAGUUCCAAUCCGAUGUUUACUACAUUCAAUACAAAGUUCGACGAACCGAUUCCUUCUUGGCAACGUCUGGAGGAUGAUCUAUACAUAUAUUCUACAUACAGUAUUAACAAUAAAGAGAUACGAGCGAUUGGACUCGGGACUAUAAACAGCGUUUCAAACAUGCAAUGUCUUGUUUUCUUUGAAAAUGAGAGUAAACCUUUAUUGGGAAGUAUUAAAUUUAUCCCUAUUGGUAAUGCAAUUGCCAUGACUUUAGGAGAAAAUUCAAGAUACGGAGGAUACCAUUUUGUGUGCGCAUAUACCAGUAAUGAGACUCCCAUUGGAAUAACAUUUGUUACAAAAUCUAACAAGUAUCUCAAUUAUGCACCCAUUUUUCCUAUAAAAGUGCAGCCACGAAGUUUGAGCGAUAGUAGAAUAGGAGUGUGCGUGAUGCAAUCAUCGAUGAAACCAAUACAGUUAGCAGAUAUGAUAGGUUUCAUCGGCUUCCAUGCAUUGAUUGGAAUGGAUAAUUUUGUCGUGUAUGAUUCUGGAAUUUCAAAUGAAUUUAAUAGUAAGCUAAAAGAAAUGGCUAACGAUUUGACCUCCUUUUGGAAGUUUACAUAUACUAUUGUACCAUGGAAUUUUCCUUUCACAGAAAUCGAUCAAAAUAUUAUAAGAGAAAUUAUCGAGAUAGAUUGCUUAUAUCGUACAUACAAUAAUGUUGCUUACGCUAUUGCUCUUUCAUGGAAUGAAUAUGUAGUUUUGAAGUAUCAUCAUGCAAUGAUUGAUCUGAUAGCAGAUUUCAAACAAACCAAGUUGAUAGCUGACCGUUAUAAAUUAAAAACUGCAACCUUUUGCAUACAGCAAACUGACAAUAAACAAUAUGCCAAUUCUACACUGAUAGUAUUAAAGAAGACAAAAUCCAAUAUAAACAUUUUAGAAGAUCAUUCUGUUUACAUACACAAGCCACAUGUAACAUUACAAAAUUCUCAUAUAUAUACCAAGGAAAUAAGAAAGGAUUUGGUUGUUGUAAAUCAAUAUAAAUAUUGCGACAAUUACAAAGACAGACGAGAAGUAGAAGAUCUUACAAUUUUAAGAUUUGCCCAAGAUAUGCAAAACUCAUCAAUUUUUAGGAAAUAUCUCGGACCUAACAAUGCUUGAUACAGAUAUAAAGUGAUAUAAAUUUUAGCAUGACUGAUAUAUUAAUUUAACUAAUAUUUGCACAAUCUUGGAUAAUGUUUCACAUUUGCAUACUACUUUUAAUUCAUAUAUACAUAUAUAUUUUCUAAUUAUAUAUCGUCUUUCAUAUUAGGUGCCUUAAUCAUUACAUCAUAGCUGUAUGACUAGUCAUAACAUGGCUAUUUUAAUAUUUUGUACAUUU